GCUGCGCGGGGAAUGCGGAGCUGAGCGGGGCUGCGCGGGGAAUGCGGAGCUGAGCGGGGCUGCGCGAAGCGGAGCGGAGCUGCGGGGAACGCGGAGCUGAGCGGGGCUGCGCGGAUUUUGCCGGCUGCGCGGAUUCUGCCGACUGCGCGGGGUGUAGGGGGCUGCGCGGACCGUGCCGGCUGCGCGGACCGUGCCGGCUGCGCGGAUUUUGCCGGCUGCGCGGAUUUUGCCGGCUGCGCGGGGUGUCGGUGGCUGCGCGGAUUUUGCCGGCUGCGCGGGGUGUCGGUGGCUGCGCGGAUUCUGCCGGCUGCGCGGGGUGUCGGGGGCUGCGCGGACCGUGCCGGCUGCGCGGGGCUGCGCGGAGCAUGUCGGCGCUGCGGCGCAAGCUGGGCGAUGAGUACCAGGUGGUGAGCACCUCGGCCAGCGGCGGAGGCCUCCCGCCCCCGCGCAGCGCCCCGCGCGGGAAGCGCCAGCGCUUCGUGGACAAGAACGGGCGCUGCAACGUGCAGCACGGCAACCUGGGCGGCGAGACCAGCCGCUACCUGUCCGACCUCUUCACCACGCUGGUGGACCUCAAGUGGCGCUGGAACCUGUUCAUCUUCAUCCUCACCUACACCGUGGCCUGGCUCUUCAUGGCCUCCAUGUGGUGGGUGAUCGCCUACAUGCGCGGGGACCUGAACAAGGCGCACGACGACAGCUACACCCCGUGCGUGGCCAACGUGUACAACUUCCCCUCCGCCUUCCUCUUCUUCAUCGAGACCGAGGCCACCAUCGGCUACGGCUACCGCUACAUCACCGACAAGUGCCCCGAGGGCAUCAUCCUCUUCCUCUUCCAGUCCAUCCUGGGCUCCAUCGUGGACGCCUUCCUGAUCGGCUGCAUGUUCAUCAAGAUGUCGCAGCCCAAGAAGAGGGCCGAGACGCUGAUGUUCAGCGAGCACGCCGCCAUCUCCAUGCGCGACGGGAAGCUCACGCUCAUGUUCCGCGUGGGCAACCUGCGCAACAGCCACAUGGUGUCCGCCCAGAUCCGCUGCAAGCUGCUCAAGUCGCGCCAGACGCCGGAGGGAGAAUUCCUGCCCCUGGAUCAGCUGGAGCUGGACGUGGGCUUCAGCACCGGGGCUGACCAGCUCUUCCUGGUGUCCCCCCUGACCAUCUGCCACGUCAUCGACUCCAAGAGCCCCUUCUACGACCUGUCCCAGCGCAGCAUGCACACCGAGCAGUUCGAGAUCGUCGUCAUCCUCGAGGGCAUCGUGGAGACCACGGGGAUGACGUGCCAAGCCAGGACAUCCUACACGGAGGACGAGGUGCUCUGGGGCCAUCGCUUCUUCCCGGUGAUCUCCUUGGAGGAAGGGUUCUUCAAAGUGGAUUAUUCCCAGUUCCACGCCACCUUCGAGGUGCCCACCCCGCCCUACAGCGUGAAGGAGCAGGAGGAGAUGCUGCUCAUGUCCUCGCCCCUGAUCCCGCCCGCCGUCAGCAACAGCAAGGAGAGGAACAACUCCGUGGAGUGCCUGGAUGGGCUCGACGAGGUGGGCACAAAGCUGCCCUCAAAACUGCAGAAAAUCACCGGGAGGGACGACUUCCCAAAAAAACUGCUCAGGAUGAGCUCCACCACCUCGGAGAAGGCCUACAGCAUGGGCGACCUGCCCAUGAAACUCCAGCGCAUCAGCUCGGUGCCCGGCAACUCCGAGGAGAAACUGGGCUCUAAGACCACCAAGAUGAUGUCGGAUCCCAUGAGCCAGUCGGUGGCAGAGCUGCCCCCCAAGCUGCAGAAGCUCUCGGGGGGCGGCGGCAGGAUGGAGGGGAACCUCCCGCCCAAACUGCGCAAAAUGAAUUCCGACCGCUUCACAUAGCGCGGCCGGCACCGCCAGGAGGGCAGCGGGGGCUGCCGGGGGCUCGGGGCCGCCCGGGGGCCGGGGUGGGCUCGGGGCAGCCGGGGAGGACUCGGGGGAGCCGGGAGGGACUCGGU